UUUCAGGUGAACAAUCAGAAUAAUGUUCAACAUAAACCUGUUGGAGAACCUGAAGGUUUACAUCAGCAGUCGACCUCCGCUUGUGGUCUUUAUGAUCAGUGUAAGCACUAUGGCAAUAGCUUUUCUGACUCUGGGUUAUUUCUUCAAAAUCAAGGAGAUCAAGUCACCAGAAAUGACAGAGGACUGGAAUACCUUCCUCCUGAGGUUUAAUGAUUUGGACUUCUGUAUAUCUGAGAAUGAAACCUUAAAGCAUCUCAUCAAUGAUACUACAACUCCAGAAAGUACCGUGACUAGCGGACAGGCGAGAUCUUCUACACAGUCUCCACAAACUCUUGAGGACUCUGGUCCAAUAAACAUCUCUGUUACAAUCACGUUGACGCUGGACCCACUUCGACCAUUUGGCGGGUAUUCUCGCAAUGUCACACAUCUAAGUUCCACAAUUUUUGGACACCAAAUUGGACUCUCAGGCAGAGAAUCCCAUGAGGAGAUAAAUAUUACAUUCACCCUGCCGGCUGCCUGGAAUUCAGAUGACUGCGUUCUUCAUGGCCACUGCGAGCAGGUUGUGUUCACAACCUGCAUGACUGUGACAGCAGCCAGCAAUGUAUUUCCUGUCACAGUUCAGCCACCACAUUGUGUUCCUGAAACGUACAGCAAUGCUACGCUUUGGUACAAGAUCUUUACCACAGCAAGGGACUCUAAUACAAAAUAUGCACAAGAUUAUAACCCUUUCUGGUGUUACAAAGGAGCAAUCGGAAAAGUGUAUCAUGCUUUAAAUCCCAAACUAACUGUUAUAGUUCCAGAUGAUGAUCGCUCUCUAAUAAACCUGCAUCUCAUGCAUACCAGUUACUUUCUUUUUGUGAUGGUGAUUACAAUGUUCUGCUAUGCAGUUAUUAAAGGCAGACCAAGCAAACUGAGGCAAAGCAAUACAGAAUUCUGCUCUGAAAAGGUUGCUUUGUCAGAAGCAUAAUCCAUCCUCUCCUUUUACUGAGAAUGACUGAGAACCGUAAUCAUUGCCUGCUGAACCCAGAAUGGGUCUUAACACUCUGUGAAUACAUUAUCUUGCAAUGUUGGUUUAUUCCAACCAAAGACAUUUCAAGUGCCUGUAAUUGAUUUGUACAUAUUUAUAAAAGUAUAUUCAGAAUAGGUCAGAUGAUGCACUUGUUCCGCAUUGUAGUGCGGCCGGAAACUUUCAGUCUUUACCUGUGGACAUAGCCGAAUGUUUGUGUAGAUAUGUUUAGUGAUAUGGCUACAUAUAGUCAGAGCAAGAUAUUUUUGUCUAGCUGCAUCUGGGCAGGUUAAGAUGCCUUUGCAAGUGUCUCAAACAAACCAACAGAUCUUUGUUUUUUGCCCAAUGAUAUGUACAGUGUGUUUGAAACAGUAUGCACCUUUGAUAUAAUACUGCAUUUCCAAAGCCACCGAUCUAAUACAUGAAUUAAAUGUGUAUUUGUGUGGCCUAAUACUUUCUUCCAUUUGCUCCUUGCUUGCAAGAAAAGAUAUCAACAUUUUAGAUUGUUUUUGAAAAAAGAAAUACAUAUUCACAUUUUAAUAGUGCUGUAUUUAGGACAAACUUGUGCUUUUAUUCAUAGUAAAAAAAUUAAGAAGUGAAGUCCCAUUUUAAAAUGUUUCUUAUUGAAAAGUGCUAAGUUUGAUUUUUUUAAUUUUUUUUUUUCCCUUACUUGGCUUGCUGAAUGCCAGAGAAUCAGUCAGCAUAGAGAGUAUCUGGAAAGCUUUCCACUUGGCCUCCCAUCCGCAGCCCUCAAACCAGGAUGGUGCAUCUCUGCUGCAGAGCAGCUUUCUGUAAACUUUUUUUUUUCUAGAAGGUGAAACUUAAUAAAAAGAUGUAUUGUAUUAACAGUCUGUUGGGGCUCUGCACAGCCUUGGGCAAGUGCAGAUAAUGAAAGGAAAAGAAAUCCCAUAGUCUGUUACAGAGCUUCACUUUGGGAUGCUCCAUCCAUCUCUGAAGGGCAGCUGAAAAUGACACUUUUAUUAGCUUUGUCCGAUUUCCAUUUAAUGCUGUCCACUCAGGGGAAAAUUACAAGGAGAGAACUAGGGCUGUUGUGAUUAAGGUCAAAGAAACCACACAGUAAAACACACGCUGUUCUCUGUGUCCAUUCUUAAAUCAGAGGUUUUAUUCUGUGCAUUUCUCCCUUUCCCAUCCUGGCUCUCGCUGUUUCUUUCUGGCUUCUUACUGAGUAGCCUCCUUAAUUUUCAGGAGUCGGGGUUUUCCUGCAGACAUUUCCACCACUGCUUUUAAAAUCUCACUGGUUGCCUUAAUUGACCUUUCAUCUUGUCUUUCAGCUUUCUUGUCAGGUAGUAUAACUGUAGGUCUGCAUACAUACGUACACAUAAGCUUUUUUCCUCUCCUCCUUUCCCUCUAAACUACACAAGAGAGACCCAACUCAAAAUCUCACAGUCUCAAUUAUGCUGGCAUGAGAUUCUUAGCUUUUUACCUAUAGACACUAUUGAAUGGUACCCUACUGCUCUGCAGGCCUGUAUGUAUGGGACUUCAGUAGGUCACGAGUCUUCAGAGCGUUUGAAGCAAAAUAGUCACACUUUUCUUCAGAACAUGUUUCCUUUAUAGAAUUUCAGUUACUUAAGUGGUGUUGACUAACAUGCGGUUUUCUCCGGGGAUGUUAAGGCAAAGCUUUAGAGAUGGCCUAGUUUGAAGUCUAGGGAUAAAAUGAAGCUUCCAGUUUUCUCCUGAUGCUGCUAUGGGCUAAUACUGCUUCGCUGAAAUGAAUCGGUGAAGUCAAAACAGGUAGACGGCUUCUCAUGAAAACUGUCCGAGCUGUUCCUAAUUCACGCAUACCCAGCCUUCUGCACUAAUACUGACUUCUAGAGUUGCCUACGAGGGUGGCUUGAACUGGGGACCAAAGGCAGGAAUAGGAAAUGGAUUGGGGUGGUGUUGCAAAUUCUGGAAAUACCUAGAAAACACCCAACGUUACGCAACUCCUUUGAAAAAGCAAAGCCGAGUCCUUUCUGUUUCAGCAAAUUAAAAACCAAACUCCAGAUGUUCUAACUGGAAUUUGGUCUUUUGGGGAAAACAGAAUUUUUUUUAAUCUGAUUUUGCUUUUUGGUAAUUAGAGGAGCCUGCUCUGCAAUUUAUCACCCACUGUACUGAAGUACCCAGAAAUACUAAGAUUGCAACCCACAAACGCAAAAGAGAAGAUGUUAGAGAGUCGUAUUUUUUGGCCUUAGUUGAUCCCUUUGCACCCCUGUAUUGCAGCGGAGAGGUAAGGGUGUCCAUCGGGUUGAAAUGCUGUAAUACCGAGGCGUAUUGGAUUGUUCCUAGGCGCAAUGUACAAAAGUUAAAUGCAGCCAAACAGAAGAGUAAAAACUUAAUAUUAAAGUUCAGAUCAUAUUGAUCUUUCCUUUUUUGUUUUCUUUUUCUUUUUAACUAUGACUUGAAUCAGUUUUGAUUCUAUUUGUACGUGUUUUCUUGUUCUUAGAAAGCUGCCAUUUUCUUUUGCAUUUUUCUUUGGCAUUACAUAGAAAAUCUGAGCCUUGGUAUUCAACCCUCUGCAGGUGAUUGUAGGGUUAAGAUGGCUUUUUUGUUUUGUUCUGUUCUUACAUUUCACUUGUCUUGUUGCAUGAUGGUUAAUAGCUGAUUUGGAAAUGACAUUUCUCUCCUAGAUUAAUUUUGUGUUUGUAAGAUGUGCAUAUUGCUUUGCAGAAUAAAAACGAUGAAG